GUGCUCAUCGCCAACCUCUUCUUCUUUCCACCCGCAUCCCGUCCUUUUUUACCCUUUUCUCCAAUUGAAGAGUUAAUCAAUCGCAAAAAUGUUCGCCGCUUCUCGUAUCCAGCGCCGUGCUUUCUCGGCCACCGCCCGUGACCUCUCCAAGGUCACCGUUCUCGGUGCUGCCGGUGGCAUUGGCCAGCCUCUCUCUCUUCUCCUCAAGAUGAACCCCCGCGUCACUGACCUCGCUCUCUACGAUAUCCGUGGCGGACCCGGUGUUGCUGCUGAUAUUUCCCACGUCAACACCAAGUCCACCGUCAAGGGUUACGAGCCCAACGCUGCCGGCCUUAAGGAUGCUCUGUCCGGUGCCGAGGUUGUCCUCAUCCCCGCUGGUGUUCCCCGCAAGCCCGGUAUGACCCGUGACGAUCUCUUCAACACCAACGCCUCCAUCGUCCGCGACCUCGCCAAGGCCGCUGCUCAGGCUGCUCCCAAGGCCAAGCUCCUGAUCAUCUCCAACCCCGUCAACUCUACUGUCCCCAUCGUCAAGGAGGUUUUCAAGGCUGAGGGUGUCUACAACCCCAAGACCCUCUUCGGUGUCACCACCCUCGAUGUUGUCCGUGCCUCCCGAUUCGUUUCCGAGAUCAAGGGCACCGACCCCAAGGACGAGAACAUCACCGUUGUCGGUGGCCACUCCGGUGUCACCAUCGUCCCUCUCUUCUCCCAGUCCAACCAUCCCGACCUCUCUUCCAACGCUGAGCUCGUCAAGCGUGUCCAGUUCGGUGGUGAUGAGGUUGUCAAGGCCAAGGACGGUGCUGGCUCUGCCACCCUUUCCAUGGCCAUGGCUGGUGCCCGCAUGGCUGACUCCAUCCUCCGCGCUGUCCAGGGCGAGAAGGGUGUCAUUGAGCCCUCUUUCGUCGAGUCUCCUCUCUACAAGGACCAGGGCAUCGAGUUCUUCAGCUCCAAGGUUGAGCUCGGCCCUGAGGGUGUUGAGAAGAUCCACCCUCUCGGCAAGCUCGAUGCCAACGAGGAGAAGCUCGUUGAGGCUGCUCUCGUCGACCUCAAGAAGAACAUCGAGAAGGGCGUUGCCUUCGUUGCCUCCAACCCUCCCAAAUAAAUGAUCUCUGGGCUCAUUUCGAGCUUUUAGAGAACGACCUAGCUUAAUAGAACUGGGUAUUGUGGCGAAAAUGGGAAAAAAGGAUAAAGGUAAACUCUCAGUACGGAUGUCUUUCGUGUGAGGAUCGGGAAUAAGAGCCGGGGUGUAUGAGCGAUUGAUAUACCAUGCUUUUCUUCCUAUUGUUCUACCACCUCUAUAGACUUGGAAUUCCGGUCUGUGUCUGUACUAUAGCAAUGAAUGAAAAAAAUACCCCAA